CUCGGUGCUGAUCCGCGCCGAGGCCGUCUUGCUGCCUCAGGAGGGAGCCCCGGGUCCCGGCAGAGAGGCGCGGGCGUUCCCCGAAGCCUCCACAAAGCACGAGCGGCGGUGCCGGGCAGGGCCGGCUAUGCCUCCCGUUGCUGCGGUUCCCGCCGGCGACCGCGCGCCCGCGGCUUCGGGGGCGCAGCCGGGCCCCGGGGAGGCCGCGCUGUGAGGCGCCAGGGCCUAGCGCCCGCCGCGGCCGCGCAGGAGGGGCCCAGGGCCCGGGCUCGCCCCGCCUUCCUCGCGCUCUGCGGCCCCUCCUAGGCUCGCUGCCUCAGCUGCCGGCCGCCAUGGCCUUCGCCGCCCGGGAGGGCGCGGGCUCGGGGCGCGGGCGGCCGCCGCGGCACCGGGCGCUGCGCGGGUUGCUGCUACUCUGCCUGUGGCUGCCGAGCGGCCGCGCGGCCGGCCCGGCCUCCGCGCCGCUGUCCGAGCUGCACGCGCAGCUCUCGGGAGUGGAGCAGCUGCUGGAGGAGUUCCGCCGGCAGCUGCAGGAGGAACGGCCGCAGGAGGAGCUGGAGCUGGAGCUGCGCGCGGGCGGCGGCCCCCCCGAGGAGGGCUGCCCGGGCCCGGGCGGCGGCGGCUACAGCGCCAUGCCGGACGCCAUCAUCCGCACUAAGGACUCCCUCGCGGCGGGCGCCAGCUUCCUGACCGCGCCGGCGGCCGUGCGGGACUGGCGGCAGUGCGUGGCGGCCUGCUGCUCCGAGCCGCGCUGCUCGGUGGCGGUGGUGGAGCUGCCCCGGCGGCCCGCGCCCCCAGCCGCCGCGCUCGGCUGCUAUCUCUUCAACUGCACGGUCCGCGGCCGCAGCGUCUGCAAGUUCGCACUGCACCGCGGCUACAGCAGCUACAGCCUCAGCCGCGCCCUGGAGGGCGGGCAGGAAGAGCUGGAAGCCGCGCCACGCAUGGAAAAAGAUGAGCCCCCACUUAGCAAGGCCGGGCAGGAUGUGGUCUUGCAUCUACCUACAGAUGGGGUGGUUUUGGACGGCCGUGAGAGCACAGAUGACCACGCCAUUGUCCGGUAUGAGUGGACACUGCUGCAGGGUGACCCAUCAGUGGACAUGAAGGUACCUCAGUCAGGAACCCUGAAGCUGUCCCACUUACAAGAGGGAACAUACACCUUUCAGCUCACGGUGACGGACACCGCCGGGCAGAGAAGCUCCGACAGCGUCUCGGUGACGGUGCUCCCCGCGGCCUUCUCCGGGGGAGGGUGCUUGAAGGUUUGCUCACGCUACCACUUCUUCUGUGAUGAUGGCUGUUGCAUUGACAUCACCCUGGCUUGUGAUGGAGUGGAGCAGUGUCCUGAUGGGUCUGAUGAGGCUUUCUGCCAAAACCUGAGCCUUGACCAGAAGAUGGUGACCCACACAGUGACUGCCCAGCCUAGAACCACAGGACCAAGAAAAGAUGCAGCAGGAAGCUCCUUCUUGGAAAAGUCCCAGAAAGUCACUGUCCAAAACCAGCCACCAGCAUUAUCAAAUACGGAGAAGAGGAAUCAUUCCAUGUUUUGGGGAUCAGAGAGUCAAACCGAUCCUGUGAUGCCAGAUCGUGGCUCCUCAGGGAAGAACAGAAAAGAGGAAAAUUAUAUUUUUGAGUCCAAGAGCGAUCGAGGAGGAGGGGGACACCCAGCCCCAGAAACAGGUGCGGUUCUACCCCUGGCCCUGGGCUUGGCCAUCACGGCGCUGCUGCUCCUCAUGGUGGCGUGCCGCCUACGCCUGGUGAAACAGAAACUGAAGAAAGCUCGUCCCAUUACGUCUGAGGAAUCCGACUACCUCAUAAAUGGGAUGUAUCUGUGAUAAGUGUCACUUAAAUAGCUGGGGGCGACGAUGUUUUCCUUAUAAUUUAUCUACUGAUGGUUCUGGAUAUUUAUAACCUCUUUGGUUUGAACUGGGCUAAGAAAAAUACUGAAACCCCAGAAUAUUUGUAAACCCCAAACCUUUGUUUUUAUUUAUUGUAGCAAGAGUUUCUUUGGGGAGUAUGUGAAAUGUUUUGAAAUUUAGAGAGGAGUCUAUAUGAGUAAAAACACAAAUCUAAUUCUGACUUAGGUAAGCUGUCCCUGAAAAAUAGCAAUUUGCAGUGAGCCAAGGCAGAAAAUUCAGGUUCUCGAGGGGUGGCCUUCGAAUGGCAACGUUAACCCUUUACCUUUAAGAAGCCAACCAUUGGCCCCCAGCAGCCCUGGGCCACUUUCCACUCCCUUGUUCGGAGGCCUUCUUGUCCAGUGCUCUCCUUUCUCUUCUCCGCCUCGAAACCUAUUUCUGAGAAUGGAUCUCAAGUACUUGAGUUUAGACCUUCAAUGAGAUGCUCCCUCUGGCAGGAAUGUCUAAAGUAUAACCCUCAUGAGCACGUCGAGGAGGUGUCAGGGCAGGUGAGUGUGAGUUUAUCCCAGUGCCUCUGACCUCAGGUCCCUUGGGUGGCUGCCCCCUCAGGCUUGCCUUUGGGAGAAAACACCCUGACUUUGGAUUACGACUAGCUGUGACAUGGUCCUGGAGCGGGGUUGGGAAUCAUGGUGACGGCAGAGGUGGAAGUCAAACGUUGGAACACAAAUUUAGCUGAGGGCAACGUGCCAGGACGACCAUUAGUACUUUCUCGAAUCUACUCGACACUGCUAGAUGGUCCAGAACACAGCAGCUUUAUUUAUAUAGUCACUGGUUUUCAGCAGGAAUCUGUGUUGAUGGAAGAGAAAAAUGCAUUCAAAUUGAAAAGCAGAACACUAACUAGAUUUCUGGGUGCAGCUUUUGUAAAAAGGUCCCAUGUUUAAGUAUCAGCAGGUUCUUUCAACCAAUGGAAUAGGCCAGUUUUCUCCCAUCAUUUGUUUAGUGCUAUAAAAUGUUAAAAUGUGCAGUCGGCCAAUGCCAGGCUCACAUAUUCCCAGAGCAUAAAGCAGUCUUGCACAAAUUCAUCUUUACAGAAAACUGGCAUCUAGUUUAGCAUCUUUUCCCUUUUAAUCAAUCCAUAGGAUUUUAAAGGCAAAUUAUUCCCAUCCUCAUUUCAUGCCGGGAUUACACACACCCGAGAAAUCAUUCUCCUGAGAGGAAUCUACCAUGUGGUGCCUGUCUACACUCACAAUGAUGUUACUCUUUCUAUAAUAAUGGCUUUUUAUCAGAACUGGCAAAUAUUCUAAAAUACUUGAAAACACUGUAGAAUCCUUUCUUUUCAGACUGAGGUAAGUUGUCCCUUUAGCAAAGGGCUUAAUCUGGGUCAGAAAUAUAACAGACUACAUUAAUAAACAGAAAGUUAGUUCUAGAAAAACAAAGAAAUUGGUACUUUUAUUUCCCAAGAGGUCCAAGCAUUUUGUUGAAUGUUUAGAAUUGAGCAAAGGCUUGAAGUUCUCCUCAAGAGGAGACUGGAGAAACGACUGCGUGAGUGACUUAGGAUAUCUGUACCCUCUGUGUGACGCUUUGCAGUUUGCUUUUCUAGAGAAGGGUGUCACAUAUGGCCAUACCCAAUAAAAUUAAAACUGAUGAGGCAUGCAUCUUUCGGCACAUCUUUUUAUACAUGAGGAAAUUAAACACAGUUUAGCAUUGCUAUUCUGUUGAAAUACUUGAGAAAAUAUGUCCAUAUCCAUGUGUACAAUAUCCCUUUAGUAAAUUUUAUUUUAUUCUUAUGCCUUUUUAAAAUAACCUUUUAGUCAAAUCAUCAUCAUGAGUUGCUGUUACUUACUGGGCUGUUACUAUAUCACCUGGAUUUAAUCAUAUCAACCUUAUCUUGCAAAGGGGAAAAUUAAGAAUUAAAGAAGGAGAAUCAAGGCCUACAAAAUAGUUAUAUUGUCAGGUGGACUGAGUGGGACUUUAAAUUUAAAGUUACCUUACCUGUGAGUAUCUGAUUGGAGGAGUUCUGCAUCUAAGAUAAUUUAAAAAUAAUUUUAAAGGGAAGAUUGUCCACAACUUACUGCUCAAACAUGUUCUUAUGUCUCACGUGUCUUUUCCUGAGAGCGUAAAGGCCCACGUAAUGCCACCUUUCAGAAAAUGUACAGCUGGGCACCCGGGUGGCUCAGUCGGUGAAGUGUCUGCCUUCUGCUCAGGUCAUGAUCCCGGGGCCCCAAGAAUCGAGUCCCGUGUCGGCCUCUCCCGUGUCGGGCUCCCUGCUCGGCGGGGGUUCUGCUUCUCCCUCUGGCCCUCCCCCAUCUCAUGCUCUCACUCUCUCUCAAAUAAAUAAAUAAAAUCUUAAAGAAAACAUACAGCUUCUUUGCUCUAAUUCUCAAUACAAGUAGACAACAGCUAGUCUCCAUCCCUCCCCACGCAUUUGAAUGUCUCCAGUUGCUCGAGGAUCAAAUUUGUUCUCUUCCACGGGAAGACGACAGAAUGUCUUCACCUUUCUCUGCUGCCUUUUCAUCAUCUGUGACUUGGCCACACCAUUCACCUUCGCACUUACCAACCCUCCUCAGCCUCUGACGGCUGUUGCAUGUUGUUCUAGAUUUUCCUGCAACCCAAAUGCAGAGAUGUAUAUUUCUAUUCUUCAGUUUUGGGGUUCAAGGCAGACUUCGCUAUGACUUCCCUGGACGUCACAGACGGAAACGUACCGCGGUGUGGUGUGCCCGGGAGUCCGGGCGCUGGGCUCCGUCGCCCGCCUUCUGUCUACAUCACAGCAAUGAUGCCAUGUAACAGAAGCAUCCCAGCCUGAGAUUGGCAUUUGGGGUCUCUGUUAAGUUAUAUUGUCCCCGAUUUCAUGUUUGGGGAUUGCACCACUUUGUUCUUAAUCGGAGUGACUACAAUUACUUCUUUUCUUUUCUGGACUCCAGGUUUUCUGCAGCUGUUGGCAUUGAAACUGAAUGACAAUUUCUAAUGAAAAACACUGCCCACAUCAUAUAGAAAGAGGGAAAAGCCUAGCUUGCAGUUUGCUGUUCACAAGUGUUCUCAUAGCCCUGACUUUUUAAGCAAUUGUGUUGCUGACUUUUUCUUGGGGACUGGCCCCAUUUUUCUCAGCUCUCUGGUCUUGCUCAAUUCUAGAAUCCAAAAUAAAGUACCUAUUUCAUGGAUACUUGGAUAGCAGGUUUUUUGUUUUGUUUUUUUUUGUUUUUUGGUUAAAUAUAAAAUCACCAAGGAUGAAAAUAAGGUUGGAAGCUGAAUGUGUCCAGGGGCCCCUGGGUGGUUGUCGUUAAGCGUUAAGCGUCUGCCUUUGGCUCAGGUCAUGAUCCCGGGGUCCUGGAUCGAGUCCCGUCCCUGCUCUGCAGGAAGCCUGUCUCUCCCU